AUGGCCAGCAAGGGUUGCAGAAUGGUGGUGCGACCUCACCACAGCAGCCUUCUUGAUCAAAAUCAACCGUCCCUUCCACCUCCGAAACGACCAAGGCUCCUCGAUGGAUGCGAAUACCCUAACACUCGCAUAUGCAGUGGCCGCGAACCAAUAACAGUGCCUCCCCGUCAGCACAUUGUAGUCACCGCCCUCGUUAGUAGUAUUCCUGAGAAUUUGAGCAAGAUUAACAACGUUCAAAGAACCCGAGUUGAACUUGAGAGACCAAAGUGGCAACGGAAGGUCGCCGCCGCCGCUACUACUACUGCUGCUACUGCUUUUGCUGCCACUGCCAUGGCUGCUGGGGCUCAAAGACGACUUCGACGAACCCCAUCGACUAAUGAUAACCUGGUCCUGCCCUGUCUGGCGCUCGGCGAUGAGUCGAGUCCGUUCCUUGGUAUCAGUUCGUUCGAUAAUGGCUUGGAAGUACUCGUGCACGACCGACGAACGGAGGUUUUUGACGUGUGUAACCGAUCUGACCACACAAUCCUUGUAGGUCUGGGGGGACUUAGAGAGGUAGGAAUACCAGUUCCAUGUGUUGAUUGUCUCUUCCCUCUUUGUGAAAAGAUAUGGGAUGUCCGCCAUGUUAGCAGAGUUCAAUGGACUGCCAGUUGGGAAGAAACUUUAUGA